AUGCGAAAGCUCAUUUAUUAUUAUUUGGGGUGGGCCGAUGAAGGUGAGUCUUGUGACCAGAGCGACAAUAAAUCACUUCAUUUCCCCUCAAAUUCUUGUGACGACGGAUAUGAAACGUCAAAUGAUUCCUUCUAUGCAGCCAGUGAAGCAGACUCCGAGGCAUCAACUGCGACUAUAGGGCGAUCUGUGGUUCUUGAGCCUAUAGCAUCUGAUGUUCCCGUUGACACUCAGCAGAAGGAGACCUUUGGGGGCGCUUGUGAAACAGUGAAUCCGCACCCAUACUUGCCAAUCAGCACGGAUAUCGCCCGAGAAGCCAUCUUUAUCUAUGAAAUAAUGAGAGAAGGAGUCCUUGACGAUGAGUGGAAUAGCAAAUCCUGUCUCCUUACGCGCACGCUCAUCCAUGAUAGAGAAACCUCUUUGCAGCUCGGGCGGCGAUGUGAGCGCCUCGGGUGGCGGUGUGAUCCCAAUUAUGACGAAGAAGGUGUUCAACUGGGCGAUGUUCUGGUACUGUUCACGCCAAAUCGCGACUUUGUGAAGAAGAUCGAGCAAGGCGAAGUCGUCUUUGAUCAAGCGACUGAUUUGAAGCCAGUUUCAGUGCUCAUGUCGACGAUCGCUCCGGAAUUUUCUGACAUUGAGGGAAGACUCACUGGUCGAGUCUUGGCUUGGAAGCUUUGUGGUUUUGGGAAUUGUGUAUGGAUGGAUCGUCGGGGUCGUCCUAUUGAUCGGGGUGACCCAAAGGUGUGCCCCAACAUCAUUCACUUGCUCAAGUGA